UUAUUCUUCUUCUUUCUUUCUUUCUCUCUCUCUCUCUCUCUCUUUCGCAGAGCCAUGGCAACAACUUCAGAAGCACCGAGAAACCCUAGAAGGAACAACGCUGGAGGAGGAAUAGAUGAUGAUAAAUUAGUGUUUGAAACAAGUGAUGGAGUACAACCAGUUAGCACCUUCGAUGAAAUGGGUAUUAAGAAUGAUUUACUCCGUGGGAUUUACGAAUACGGAUUUGAAAAACCAUCUGCUAUUCAACAAAGAGCUGUUAUGCCUAUUAUCCAAGGUCGAGAUGUGAUUGCUCAAGCUCAAUCUGGUACUGGAAAGACUUCUAUGAUUGCUCUAACUGUUUGUCAAAUCGUUGAUACUUCUAAUCAUGAGGUUCAAGCAUUGAUUUUGUCACCAACAAGAGAAUUAGCAACACAAACUGAGAAAGUUAUAUUAGCCAUUGGUGAUCAUAUGAAAAUUCAGGCUCAUGCUUGUAUUGGAGGUCAGAGUGUCGGCGAAGACAUUCGAAAACUAGAGAAUGGAGUUCAUAUUGUAUCUGGUACACCAGGGAGAGUUUGUGAUAUGAUUAAGAGAAGAUCGUUGCGUACUCGAGCCAUCAAAUUAUUAAUACUUGAUGAAUCUGAUGAGAUGUUGAGCAGAGGUUUUAAAGAUCAAAUCUAUGACGUUUACCGAUAUCUUCCACCAGAACUUCAGGUUUGUUUAAUUUCGGCAACACUUCCUCAUGAAAUACUGGAAAUCACUAACAAGUUCAUGACAGAACCUGUGAGGAUCCUUGUAAAACGUGAUGAAUUGACGUUGGAGGGUAUCAAACAAUUUUUUGUUGCUGUUGAGAAGGAAGAAUGGAAGUUUGAUACUUUGUGCGAUCUUUACGAUACUCUGACGAUCACUCAAGCUGUUAUUUUCUGUAACACAAAGAGGAAGGUUGAUUGGUUAACUGAGAAGAUGCGCAGCUAUAACUUCACAGUCUCUUCAAUGCAUGGAGACAUGCCUCAGAGGGAGCGAGAUGCAAUCAUGAAAGAGUUCAGAGACGGGGCCACCCGUGUUCUGAUAACAACAGAUGUAUGGGCUCGUGGGAUUGAUGUUCAACAGGUGUCCUUGGUUAUUAAUUAUGACCUUCCAAACAAUCGUGAACUUUAUAUUCAUCGGAUUGGUCGAUCUGGUCGUUUCGGGCGCAAGGGUGUUGCCAUAAACUUUGUACGAAAUGAUGAUAUCAGGAUUCUCAGAGACAUAGAGCAGUACUACAGUACUCAAAUUGAUGAGAUGCCGAUGAACGUGGCUGAUCUAAUAUAGAUGAUCUGAAUGAUGAUGCCAAGCAAGUGUUCUGGAAUGAACUUUUACUUGUUGAUUUUUGCAAAAUAGCUGCAACUACUGUAAAUGCAAAUGCAAAUGCAAAUGAUUUGCAGAUUUCCGCUGCUUGGGAAGAAAGAAACAGAACAAGUUUGGAUUGAUUUUUGGGACGUGUUUAUGAGAUUGUUUCAAGUUCUUCUUUUGUAUCAGAUUCUACAUUAACAGGCCAAACCUGGUGUUGGUAUAACUUGCAGUGCUUUUUUGUUUGAUCUAAAUAUUAACCCCUAUUUUUUUCAGGUGUAAA